AUGUCAUAUCCAGCGCCUGUUCAGCUAAGUCGCGAUGACACAUCCGAAAAGGCGCGCAUUGUCAUCAACAGCGGCGGCGAGAAUGGCAACGUCGCCUUCGAGGGCGAAGCUUCCAGUGGUAUUGACUUCACAUCCAAUUUGGGAGAUCCGACAAGGUCAACCACGGACCAGGAGGGGAAGAAAAUCACAUUCAACACCACUACCUUCAGUUCACACGACUCAACAUCGUACGUCAUCACGGUGGACCGCACAUUCCAAACUAUUGGGUGGAAGCUGGCCAGCGGAGUCAAGCUCAGCAAGGCCUCUUGGUUGGCAAAAUCGAAUGAAGAAACAGAGUCACUCAUUAUGGAAGCGUUUCCAAGUCAGGAGAACCCUGGAGCGGUUUCUGGGAGGAGCUCGGCAGGUUUCGCACCGCCGACAGCUCCCGCUGUAAAACGUCAAGAAACAUAUGCAAUGAUCCUCGGCAACGAGACUCUUGUCUUGCCGAUAGAGGCCAAGAAGAUGGCAACCUACUCAGGUUCCACUAUGUAUAUUGAGCUUCAGUGGACAUCAGAAACCAAAUCAGGCACGACGACCAGCGGGGCUUUUGCCGUCUUCACUGGAACCUAUCCGUCUGUGGAGUAUGACCAGGCAGUCGGAAAACUUGCGGAUAAACGCGGUGCCAGUGAAGUAGAGAGAGUCGGCAGUGAAGACGAAAGUGACUCAACAUCACCGCUACCAACAACCACUACUCAAGCAGCAGCCUCCUCCACGGCCUCUCUCAAUCCUGAUGCAUCACAAUCAACCAUCGGCGGCGGUUCCAGCAGCGGCAGCGGCAGUAGUAAUGGUGGUGGCGGCGGCAACGGAGGUCUCGCGCCUGGUGCCAUCGCCGGCAUCGUCAUCGGGAGUGUUCUCGGCCUCGCCCUCAUCGCGUUCCUAAUAUGGUUCUGCCUCCGCCGCCGUCGUCGCCGCGCUGACCACGUCUCGGACGGCGCAUACGGCCCCAGCCACAACCCCCACGAGUACCUCGCCGACAAGGAGACCCACGCCAGGGUGACCGAAUCGCCGCACUCCCCGUACACGGACGAUGGGCAGCACCAGCACUCCCAGCACCAGCUUCACCAGCAGCAGUCGCAACCUCAGGAACAGCACCACCUCUCUCGGGAACUGCAACAAGACGAUCCUAACGACGCUUUUGAGACCACCACCGCAGCAGCAGCACCUGCCUCAGCCGUCAGUGCCACGGAUCACCACCAGCCUCCUUUUGCACCAUACCGAGAGGAAAACAUGUCCACCGCCUCGCGGUCAGUCGAGGACAUGACCCGCAGCGGCGCCGGCGGUCCGCGCUCGUCAACGCCGAACGUCAAUUCCAACGUAUCGCAUCUGAUUGAGGACGGCAUGACGGAGGACGAGAUCCGGAGGCUAGAAGAGGAGGAGAUUGCGUUGGACGCGGCCAUUGAGCAAGCCGGACCGCGGAGGAAGCCGUAG